AAUACGAAAAAAAAAAUCAAACAAACAGAGCCAACCAAGCGCAAAGGGUCAAAAGAGCUGAGCAAAGAUUUGCGUAACAUGAUGACAGGCACCGACAGUGAUCCGUUGGUGGAGGAUGGCGGCCUAAUGCCCACCCAGCAGCGACUGGCCCUCUGGCACAAGGUAACGAUUGCGAUAGACCCAUCGGAAGACCUCAAACCCCCAAAGCAGACCAAUUGGAGAAGAGUUCUUCAAUGGAUUCUGGCACCCGCCCUCUCAGCAGCCACCGCCUUGGUGUUCUAUUACCAGAGUCCUUGGUACGGCUUGGCCUCCAUCUAUGUCAGCCUGAUGGCCAGUCUUCUGGUGCGACCAGGAUGGCGGUGGUUCUACAUAGCAGCAGUAACCACUCCCAGGGAUACAAUAGCCCUUAUUUCCUAUAUUCGUGUCCUGGUGUUCGUGAAGCGGCAGGAAAGGAAGAACUUGAACAUCGGAGACAUCUUCGAGGCGAAUGUGGCCAAGCAGCCGGACAAACUGGCCAUCGUCAGUGAGUCCCAGCAGUGGACCUUCCGGCAGGUGAAUGAGCACGCCAACCGAGUCGCGAAUGUGUUUCACAGCCACGGCUACAAGAAGGGCGAUGUGGUGGGUCUGCUGAUGGAGAACCGCGCCGAAUUCGUGGCCACCUGGCUGGGACUCUCCAAGAUCGGAGUGAUCACUCCGCUGAUAAACACAAAUCUCAGAGGAGCAUCGCUGCAGCACAGCAUCACUGUGGGUCAGUGCACAGCUCUUAUUUAUGGAGCCAACUUCAGAUCAGCGGUGAUGGACAUAGCCAAGGACCUGCCUGCCCAUGUGGGAUUGUAUCAGUUCAACGAUGAGGCUACCCAGGACGUGGUGGCUUCCGAGGGCCUUAGCCAGGGACUGGCCCAGCAACUGAAUGGUCUCCUGGACACAGCUGCCAAGGACAAGGUGGCAGCUGGAGCUUCUCGAGCAGACCAUCAGGACAAGCUUGUGUACAUCUACACCUCGGGAACCACGGGAUUGCCCAAGGCAGCAGUCAUCACCCAUUCACGUUACUUCUUCAUCGCUGCUGGAAUCCACUACGCCCUGGGCUUCAAGGAUGAGGAUGUCUUUUAUACUCCCUUGCCUCUUUAUCACACGGCUGGCGGAGUGAUGAGUAUGGGUCAGGCCUUGCUCUUUGGCUCCACGGUGGUUAUCCGGAAGAAGUUUAGUGCAUCGGGAUACUUUGCAGACUGCGCUCGCUUCCAGUGCACGAUUGCCCAGUAUAUUGGCGAGAUGGCCCGCUACAUCCUGGCCACGCCGGCUGCUCCCCACGAUAGGAAGCACCAGGUGCGAAUGGUAUUUGGUAAUGGACUUCGUCCCCAGAUUUGGCCUCAGUUCGUGGAACGCUUCGGCAUUGCCAAGGUGGGAGAGUUCUACGGCGCCACCGAGGGCAACGCCAACAUCAUGAACAACGAUAGCACAGUGGGUGCCAUCGGCUUCAUAUCCCGGAUCCUGCCGCAGAUCUAUCCCAUCUCGAUCAUCAAGGCAGAUCCCCACACUGGCGAACCGCUGAGGAAUGAGAAGGGUCUCUGCGAGCGGUGCGGCGUCAACGAGCCCGGAGUCUUCAUAGGCAAGAUUGUGAAGGGCAACCCCUGCCGAGAGUUCCUGGGCUAUGUGGACCAGAAGGCCUCCACCAAAAAGGUGGUACGCGAUGUCUUCUCGAAAGGGGACAUGGCCUUCAUCUCGGGCGAUCUGCUGAUAGCUGACGAGAGGGGCUAUCUCUUCUUCCGGGACCGCACCGGGGACACCUUCCGCUGGAAAGGCGAGAACGUGUCAACCAGCGAGGUGGAGGCACAACUCAGUAACUUGGCUGGCUACAAGGAUGUCAUCGUAUAUGGCGUCAGCAUUCCACACACCGAGGGAAGAGCCGGCAUGGCGGCCAUCUAUGAUCCCACACGGGAGGUGAAGGUCAGCCAUCUGGCCGAGGAGCUGGCCAAAGCGCUACCCAGCUAUGCAAGGCCACAGUUCCUGAGAUUCCUGCGAAAGAUUGACCUUACCGGCACAUUCAAGCUCCGCAAGGUGGAGCUGCAACAGCAGGGCUUCAACCCAGAGGUCAUCGAGGACGAGCUCUUCUACGCUCAGGCGGAUGGAACGUAUCUGCCGUUGACUUCCUCCAUUUACGAGAGAAUCCAGAGAAACGAGCUGCGAUUCUAGAAGAUAAUGCUUGAGCCAGAGAAUGUGCCCAAUUUAGAAAAAUGGAUAUUGG